UGGGUCGACAUUUCUAAAAGAUGUCUCACGCUACCAACUUUAUAAAAAGGCUUCGGUUGUUUUCAAAGCUAGCCACAAAAGGUUUGGUCAUCUACGUGAAGAGGAAUAAAAACUAAACACUUGUCUUUUCUUUUACUUAAGGUGCAAUAGAGGACAUUAUGGGCGUUGGCACUAUUUUAGUGCUGCUAAUAGCUGCGGCUAUUUACACGCCUUCCAGAGCACAAAUCUGUAGCAUCAAUGACGGGUUUACAGCGACGUCGACUGCGAUCGUGUCGCUUGUGGCAACUUUGGACGAAGCUUUCAUAGCAGAGUUGUAUAAUCGCAGCAGCGACGAAUACAAAAAGCUAAAAACGCAAGUAUUAACGAUGUGUGACUUGAUCUUCAUCCAAGCAUUUAGAGCUAAUUUCAUCAACACCACUAUUGUUGGAUUUAGUCCACAUAUGGGAAAUACGACAGUAGAAGUGGCGCUGGAGUUCAGCAAUACAUCGUCCUACCCAGUCCCGGAAGAUGAGCUGCUGGUAGAAACAUUGGUACAGGUGGCGAAUAACUCCUGCAACCCCUUCAAACUUGCUGUGGAUCCAGAAUCCAUCGCAGUGAUUCAACCAGAAACAACUACCCGUGUAUCCACAACUCAAGGGCCAACAACCACCCUGGUACCACCAACGAAUGGACCAACAACUGCAGUCACUUCAGUUCCAUCACCAGUUGUGUCUAUUGAGGCAACUAUUGAGGAACCUUUUGUUCCAGAAUUUAAUGAUCCCAACAGUGAACAAUACCAAAGUCUUCAAACACAAGUGAUAUCAAUGUGUGACUUCAUUUUCUUUGAAACGUUUGGAAGUAUUUUCUUCAGAACGAUUGUUAUUGGAUUCAGAACCAGAAACAACUACCCGUGUAUCCACAACUCAAGGGCCAACAACCACCCUGGUACCACCAACGAAUGGACCAACAACUGCAGUCACUUCAGUUCCAUCACCAGUUGUGUCUAUUGA